GUCAGCUCCGCUCCGCUCCGUGCCUCAGGGAGACAGCGGCGAGCGGGGCCGGGAAACCACCGGGAAACCUCCGGGAAACCGGGAUCAGGGAGCGGGGAGAAGGGAAAGGGGAGCGGGGAGGGAGCCAUGAGCGACAUCCGUCACUCGCUGCUGCGUCGGGACGCGCUGAGCGCCGCCAAGGAGGUGCUGUACCACCUGGACAUCUACUUCAGCAGCCAGCUGCAGAACGCCCCGCUGCCCAUGGUGGACAAGGGCCCGGCGGAGCUCCUGGAGGAAUUCCUCUUCCAGGUCCCCAAGGAGCGAGGCGUUCCGCCCAAGAGGUUGAACUCACUUCAGGAACUGCAGCUCCUGGAGAUCAUGUGCAAUUAUUUCCAAGAGCAGACCAAGGACUCGGUCAGGCAGAUCAUUUUCUCCUCUCUCUUCAGCCCCCAAGGGAACAAAGCAGAUGACAGCAGGAUGGCCCUGCUGGGGAAGCUGGUGUCCAUGGCAGUGGCUGUCUGCAGGGUUCCUGUUCUGGAGUGUGCUGCCUUCUGGCUGCAGAGAACCCCAGCUGUGUACUGUGUGAGGCUGGCCAGAGCCCUGGUGGAUGAUUACUGCAACCUGGUGCCUGGCUCCAUCCAGACCCUGAAGCAGAUCUUCAGUGCCAGCCCUCGGUUCUGCUGCCAGUUCAUCACCUCUGUCACUGCCCUCUACGACCUCUCCUCAGAUGACCUGAUCCCUCCCUCAGAUCUGCUGGAGCUGAUUGUUUCCUGGAUCUUUGAGGACCCCAGGCUGAUCCUCAUCACCUUCCUCAACACCCCCAUUGCAGCCAGCCUGCCCCCGGGGUUCCUGGAGCUCACCCCCCUCACGGGACUGAUCCGCUGGUGUGUGAAGGCCCCCUUGGCCUACAGCAGGAGGCAGAAAGCUGCUGCCCCCAAUGGCCACCCCCCUGCCAAAGCUGCCAAGGACUCAGCUGCAGGAGAGGACAGGGAUUGCCACCAGCUCUAUUCCAAGCUGCACCUCAGUGUCCUGCAGGUCCUCAUGAUGCUGCAGGGGCACCUAACAGAGAAAAACCUCUACGGGCGCCUGGGCCUGGUGCCCUUUGACCACGUGGUUCCCCUCAUCGAGGAAAUUAACAGACUCUCUGAUGAGCUCAACCCCCUCAAUGCCUCCAAAGAGAUUGAACUGGCUCUAGACAGACUGGCCCAGGCUCUGCAAGUGGCCAUGGCCUCGGGUGCCCUGCUCUGCACCAGAGAUGACCUGAGAACUGUGUGCUCCAGGCUGCCACAUAACAACCUCCUCCAGCUGGUGAUCUCUGGCCCCGUGCAGCAGCCCCCCCACGGCCCCCUGCCCCCCGGGUUUUACCCCCACAUCCACACACCCCCCCUGGCUUACCCCACGCUGCCCACUCACCCCACGCUGCCCUCCCACCCCGUCCAGACCUUCAUCCCAGGAAUGUCAUUCCCAUACCGACCCAUCCGCUAGCAUCCCCACACCCCUGGGGCCUCCUGCUCCCCUUGGUUCCAGGAAUCCUUCCAGAUGAGCCUGGAUGGCUUGGGAAACACUUAUUUUUGGUUGGUUUUUUUCCUCCCUGUGCGGAGGGGUCGGGUGGGAUCCGUGCAGGCUCAGGGGGAAGGGGCAGAUCCCGAGGCAGAUCCUUAGGGAUGAAGGAGAGGGUGUGAAAAGGCAGCAAACCCCCAAAGCUCUGCAGUGUGCAGGUGUUUUGUUGGUUUUUCUUUGUAACUCACAUUGUUUCACACCCUGCCCCGGGGGGUGAUGCUGCUCAGCCCCCUGGUUCUCAGCAGCUGCUCCCAGCAGAGCUUUUGCUCCAGGGGGAGCCCUGCCAGGGUUUCCCAGCUGGCUCCUUUCUUGUACAUGUUUGUAUCUAUAGCUCCAGAGGAUGUGUACACUGUAUAUUUUUGGAACAGAGAUGUUUGUUGCAGAAGCACAAGGUAGGGCGAAGCAGCAGCACUUCCUAAUAAAGGGAACGACUUCAGAACCUGAAGGGGUUUUGCCAUUUUAUCUUUCAAACAGCACUUCUGGAAGGUUCCUCUCCUCAGUCCUGUGCUGGGGAAGCAGCACAACCCCUGGGAAGGCUCAGGACGUGUCCCCCCUGGGUGACAGAUCAUAGAAUCCUAGAAUGGGCUGGGUUGGAAGGGACCUCAGAGAUCAUCAAGUCCAACCCUUGAUC